AUGUUAGCACCCGUAUUGAACCAAAUCGACAAUCGCUACAGAUUAGUGCAAUUCAACGGCUCCCUAAACUGGCCAUCGCCAUAUCGCGGCCACCCAAGCCCACAAAUCGACGCUGAAUGGAAGAAACUGGAGUCACUAUACCCUGGCAGCUCCACCCUUGAAGAAGUGCUCCUCUCGGGCGGCACAGCAGACGACGUGCGUCUGCCGGAAGAACUUGGCGGUGGCUACAUGACAUCGUUCGAGGUAAUCCAUCAGCUGCACUGCCUAAACCUCAUCCGCAUGGCCACCUACUUCGACUACUAUAAAGACAAAGCGAUCGAAUUCACGGAUAAGCCGAGAACACACUGUUUCUUGCCUACCUGGAAGGACCUCUCCGCUGACAAGAAGGAAAAAGACCAUUGCAUCGAAAUGACACGCCAGAAUAUCAUGUGCCACGCCGAUGUUGGGCUGAUGAGCAACCACUGGAUCAAGAACUAUCCGCGUCCGUUUGCCAAUUUCAACACAUGGCAUAAAUGCAGGAAUUUCGAUGAGGUGCUGGACUUGGCGUAUAAGCAUCAGGUACCGACGCCGCUGCCUGAAAAUUACACUUGGCCUGUAGUAGAAGGGAGUAGAAUUUGGGAUGAUGAGCCACAGCCGGGGGAGUGGGAGGGGAUGAUUGAGGGGUUUGGGAGUUGA